AUGUCGGCCCUCGCCAGUGCUGUUGCCGCUAUUGACAGCCUGCACACGAUCCCCCCAUUCACGGCCGAUGAUGAGUGGAGGUCCCUAGGUGCUUGCCUUGUGGCAGUCCUCGCCUGUCUGAAGCACAAGCCCAGCACACCGCGGCAGCCAGACGACGGCGCCUCGGCACAGCAGCUCUGUGACUACGUUGGCCGCAUAAUAUCUCCAUGUCCGGAUGCUGAGGCCGGCCAGAUAUCAGACCGUGAUUACCCAGAGUACGAGCAGGUUGCUCACCGCAGCCGUGAGAUAGCACCUUAUGGUCUCAGUAUUCUGCAGGUUUUGCACAAUAACCACUCAACCAAGUUCAGCUUGGACACGCUUCUCACUGUCAUCUCGUUCACCAAUCCUGGCGUGACAGACCCAUGGACAAUCCACGAGGCAUGCGAUCUCGCACGAGACUUGCUGUCACAACAGCUCCUGCACCACUUCCACCAGUCCGACCUGAUCGAGACCAUCUUGAAGGACUACCUUCGCCCCGCCUUCUCAAAGUCACGGCCAAAGGCCGUCACCGCGUCAGGAAGGAAGGCAGAGUUCCCCGAAGAGGAUGAUCCUCAUCGAGGUUUGGCGGAUGAGACCAAAGAGGUGAAGCCAUGGAAAUAUGAGGACCAUCGAGCAAUUGCAGUAUUUCACUGGGUGGUCCUGACCACAGACUCUGACCUGUUGAGCAAACAAUGGCCCCUCUUCAUCCCUGUUCUUCUGGCACUUCUAGAUGAGGCUACCACGAGGAUUCGGACGCGCGGCCUUCUCAUCUUGGACGCUUUCCUGGAGAAGUUCCCGGCAAAUAUACUUCGCGAUACCGGUCUAGCCAGCGUUUUCGAAGACGCGGUCUUCCCUACGUUACACUUCCUGCCCAACAUCACGCCAGAGGAAGACUCCAUUAUUCUUCUCGAAGCAGCGUACACAGCCUUGCUGAGCCUGGCCAGAAAAACAGAACCGAAGGCCGGAAAGGCGGAGGCACACAGCAGUUCUGCGAAGGCGAAGCUCCUCGACAAGAUACUGCGCGACGGCGUGUUCUCAGCGUACUUCCAUGUCAAAGACCAUGUUCGCAUCGUAGAGGUGCUCUUGAUCCAGACAGCCAAGGUCGUGGAUGAGAUGCAAAUCCACGCCGUCAAGCACCUCAAGGACCUCAUCCCCAUGCACAGCGAGGUGCUUUCAAACCCCUUCGCCGCCCUCGCCCCUGCCACUUUAUCCGCCGCGAUCGCGGGCCUCCAGGCCAUGAUCGCCAACUGCUGGCCGCGCCUCGCUACCCCAGCUUACCAGGACGAGCUCAUCAAGGCCCUUGUCGUGUGCUACCUGACUGUGCACGACGAGCAGGACCAGCUGGGCGCGCGCUUCGAAACCAUCGAUGCCGAGCUCGUCAAGACGGCGUCCAUGCUCACGGUCGCGGCGAGGGGCGCCGGCGGCGAGGUCGUGCAAGACCUGGCGGACAAGGCGGCGCUGCUGGUUUCGAAGGAGCCGCUGCUUGCUGGGCUUUUCAAAUGA